CGGGGCGGAGGCUGCGGGCGCGCGAGCACGGCGGGGAGGGGGAGACCACUUCGGGGAGGGAGGGCCUCCGCCGCCGGCUCGUGCGCGGCGCCCCGGGCGGCGGCGGUGAGCGCGCGGCGGCGGCGGCGGCAAGUCACAGCACGCGGCGCGCCGCCGGCGCGGCGUCGCAGCGUAUCGCGGCGCAGAUGUCGUCCGUGCCGAGCGACGACGACAACUACGACGACGAGGAGGCCGCGGCGGCGGCGGCAAGGCGGCGGCGGCGGGGUAAGCGCAAGGCGCCGGCCCAGCCGCGCCCGAGCCGCGGCUCCCGCCGAAGCACGCGGCGCGGCGGCGGCGGCGGCGGCGGCGACGGCGGCAGCGGCGGCGGCAGCGGCGGGUCGGGGCACAAGCGGCGGCGGAAGAAGUCAAAGCGGCGGCGGCGCGGCAGCGAUUCGGAGGUCGACUCGCACGAGUCGAGCUCGUCCUCCUCUUCGUCGUCUUCGGAGGAGGAGGAGGAGGAGUCGUUCUCGUUCUCGGAGCACUCUGAGGGGAGCUGCGAGGAGGCGGCGGAGGCGGCGCGCCCCCCCGUGCGGAGGAGGCCGCGCGCGGUCGUGGAGGACGACGAGGCGGAGGGCGAGGCGGAGGGCGAGGCGGGCCCAUCCACCUCCUCCUCCUCCUCCCGGCGGGGUGGGCGCGCGGCGCAGCGCCCUCGCCGCGCCUCGGCGUCGGCUGCGAGCAGCAGCGCGGUCGUGGCGCAGCCGGUGUCCUUCCGCUGCAGGUUUCGGUGCGGCUUCAAGCGCUUCGACGAGGACGAGGUGCAGGCGCACGAGUUCGCGUGCGAGAGGAACCCGGACGCCGAGUUUGCGGAGGGCGAGCUCGCGGAGGGCGAGGUGUUCGAAUGCGAGUUUGAGUGCGGCUUUGAGCACGCCGACCGGGCGGUGGUGGAGGAGCACGAGGAGCAGUGCGAGAGGCGGCCGCAGGGCCGCCGCGAGCUGCGGGAGCGGCCUCGCCGCGAGAGGCGAUCGGUUUCGCUCGCCUCGCCCGGCGACGAGGCCGCGCCGUCGGAGACGCGCGAGGAGCGGCAGGCGCGCCGCGCAGCCAUGCGCGGGCGGUAGGACCGAGGCUGCCACCGCGGCAGAGGGUCGCCUCUCAGUUGACGUGCAGCGGGGCGCUCGGCGUCGGGUUGGGCUAGGGGAGUUGCGCGUCAGCGUGCGGUGCCGCGCUGGUGCUCUGGCGUUCUCUCUCGUCUCUCUGCCGACUGACAAGUCUCUAGUUUGCUUCUCCGCGCCACGUGUGUGCCGCCAUGAGCUGGUUAGCUGUACGCCCACAUGUGUACUCUCUUCAAAAAAAUGACUGCGGU